CAUAGUCGUGAAUAGGAUUUUAGUGCACAGAUUAACAUCUUUGAGAGCUGGUAUGUAGUCUUAAUGGACCGCGUUUCAGUCAUUAUAAUAUUAAUUCCGUUGUCUGACAACAGAAACAUUAAAAUAUAAUAAUAAAAAACGUUUUAUUGAGAAUUUUUGCAGCAUUAAAAUGCAGUACAUGAGCACAGAAAGGGCGAGAUAAUAUGACGCACCUACGUCAUGAAUAUGGUAAUUACCAUAUGACGUCAUCUAGCGACAUUUAGCGACUUUUCAGGCAGGGUUUAGCUACUUUCCAUUGAAAGAAGUUGGCAACACUGGUCCGUGUACGCAUGUCAAUAAAGUUUUUUCAAAUAGCUUAGUUAGCUUGUUGGAUAAUGGGUAGCAUCACUGAUGAUGAGGUCAUCCGGAAGCGUCUUCUCAUCGAUGGAGAUGGAGCUGGAGAUGACAGGCGCAUUAAUGUGCUUAUGAAGAGCUUUACCAAAUGGUGCCAUUCCAGUUUCUCACCAGAGGAAGGGUUCUCACAAUAUCAGAGGAUGGUGACCUCUUUGGCUCAGUGUGAGUUCUCCAUGGGGAAAACCCUGCUUGUGUAUGACAUGAACCUGAAAGAAAUGGAGAAUUAUGAAGCAAUCUAUGCAGAUAUUGAGAAAAGUAUAACAUCAGCCCAUGAAAAAAUUGCAGAGUGCAAAAAGGAAAUCCAGAGGGCAAAAAGGAUACGAAAAAACCGCCAAGAGUAUGAUGCUUUGGCCAGAGUUAUCAAGCAACAUCCAGACAGACAUGAGACCUUAAAGCAGCUUGAGGCUUUAGAAAAAGAGCUUCAGCAGCUUUCACACAUCAAGGAGAAUGUGGAGGACAAGUUAGAACUUCGCAAGAAACAGUUCCACGUCCUUCUCACCACGAUUCAGGAACUUCAGCAGACUUUGGAGAAUGAUGAGAAGAUGGAAAGUGAUGAUACCCAGGACAGCCCGAUGGAAAAUGGAGACUAGAUUUACAUUUGUCCAGUUUUUCCUGAAGAUUUAUGUAUUACCCUCUUCUCUCAUUUUAGUCUCUUUUUUUCUUUAAGUUGAGUAUGUACAGAAUUAAAGUGAUUUCUUUACCAA